AUGAGCAACAUGGCGGACGCGUUCCGGGCGCAGCUGCUCGGCCAGGGCCACGAGCCACCCACCGACGCCAUGCAGCAGAUGAGCGUCGAAGAUCAAGGCGCGCAGUCGGGUACAAUGCCUAAUGGCGGAUUCUGCGAUGUUCGUGGAGGCUUCAGCUCACCGUCCCGCGGUGGCGCCUUCCAACCCCCAAACUUGAGAGGGCGGGGCGGAAGUCGCGGCGGCUUCGACCGACCCUCAUUUGGUGGCGGGUACGGGCCUCAAGGUAACUACAAUCGAGGCGGUCCACAGCAGAUGCAACAAGGGUUCCAGCCGCGUGGUGGCUACCAAGGAAAUCGUGGCGGUUAUAAUGCAUAUCCCGAUCAGUAUGGCGGACCGCCACGUGGUGGAGGCGAUUUCGGUCAGCGAGGUUCACCGAGGGGCCGUGGAGGCCAUUUCCAACCAAAUCGUGGACGCGGCGGGCAGUUUGGCAACAUUUCGCAAAGAUUUGAUACUCCUGUAAGACCCCUGGGCGGUCAUAUGUCAGCAACGGAGAAAGCUGUCAGCCAUGAAACGACGCCGCCUGAAAAUCCCAUGAACGUGGAAGAGAUCGCGCUGCUGAAUAAGUUUAUCAAACGGACCGUGCGUGACAUGCGGGAGGGAACGAUAGAUAUCAAGAAUCAGCAACAAGAUCCAACUUCACCACUGCACUCGUUGACCGAUUUCCGCAGUCUACGGCUGAAAAAAGAGCUCAUCGAGGCGCUCGACAUGCAACACUUCUUGCAGCCUUCCAAAAUUCAAGAAUUUGCGCUACCCUUGCUACUGAUGGAGCCACCGACGAACAUGAUCGCGCAGUCGCAGUCGGGCACCGGCAAGACGGCGGCUUUCGUGUUGACGAUGCUGAGCCGUGUCGUCGUCGAAGAUCAAUUCCCGCAGUGCAUCUGCCUCGCGCCCACCUUCGAGUUGGCCGAGCAGACGGGCAAGGUUGUGAAGAGCAUGGCACAUUUUAUGACCGGCUGCAACGUCUUCUACGCGGUCAAAGGAUCGGAGCCAGCAACGAGCCUGAAGGAACAGAUCAUCAUUGGUACCCCAGGCAAACUAUGGGACUACAUCAGCGUGCAAAAGGCAUUUGAUUUAUCGAAAAUCAAGUGCGUCGUCCUGGAUGAGGCCGAUGUCAUGAUUUCGCAGCAGGGCCACAAGGAGCUAUCAAUGAAGAUCUACGGAGCCAUCGAGGAGGCCAACCCGACCGUCCAAGCACUGCUCUUCUCGGCCACCUACGACGAAGAAGUGUUCGAAUUUGCCGAAAAGAUUAUCAAGAAUGCCGUCACGGUCACGCUGAGAAAAGAGGAACAGACGCUACCGAACAUCAAGCAGUUCUACGUGGAAUGUGCGAACCGCGAGGCCAAAUACGAGGCGAUCGAGAACCUGUACUCGGGCCUGACGAUCGGAACUGCCAUCAUAUUCUGCCACACGAUCUCUAGCGCGAAGUGGCUGGCGGCGAAGCUCGUGGGACGAGGACAAGAUGUAGCUCUACUCCACGGUCAGCUCACCGUCCAAGAACGUGCAUCGGCUAUACACCAGUUCCGCGAGGGCAAGUAUCAGGUGCUGAUCACGACAAAUGUCUGCGCAAGAGGUAUCGACGUUUCUCAAGUGUCGAUCGUGAUCAACUACGACCCUCCGAUCCUAUACAACGAUGGCACAACGGACGCACUCCCGGAUUAUGAUACCUAUUUGCACAGGAUUGGACGAACGGGUCGCUUUGGCCAAUCUGGAAUCGCCAUCAACUUUGUCGACAGCCAAGAAUCCCUGCGCAUCAUCCGGAAAAUUGAAGAGCAUUUUGGCAAAUCCAUAAUCAAGCUCGACCCAGCCGACAUUGACCAACUCGAGGAAAUCGAUAGGAGAGAUGCUGAA